AUGGAGUGUGUGAAUGGCAUGGAGCUCCAUGAGCUCAAGCCCUCAGGACAUGGCAUUGAGAACACUUCCUUCUGUGAUGAGGAAGAGGAAGCCCGGGUAUGUGUUAAUUCCAGGACACAUCAACAUUUUCCCUCUCACCGUGGAGGUGAAAUUAGUCCUCAGAUUCUUCAGGAAGAUGUUCUCUCAGAUGAACAACAAGAACCGGUGUAUGAAGAACAUUCCGUGGAUUACAACUUCAUGUUGGCAUUGGUAUUCCUUGUCAGUGGAAUUGCUUUAGUUGUAAUUGCCUAUGCUAUACCAAGGGAGGCUCAAAUCAAUCCAGACCAGGUCACAGCACGCCAGAUGGAAAAGUUGGAGAUGUACUAUGCACAGCUUGGGGCUCACCUUGAUAAGUGCAUCAUUGCUGGACUUGGGUUACUUACUCUGGGUGGGAUGCUCUUGUCCAUUUUGCUAAUGGUUUCUCUAUACAAAGGCGAGCUUUAUCACCGCAGAAGUUUCAGCAUCUUAAGGAGAUCUAUGAAGUCGUAUGGCUCCAUAAACAUGAGGCUGGGACAGUUGGCAUCCGGAAAUGGAAAAGAACCUAUUGUGGAGUGUGAUUCAAAUACAGACACUCAUAAUGCACUGAGUGCUGAAGGAAUGCAACAUCUAAGGCAAACUUAG